UUCUAACACUGUUGAUUUCUACUAUGUUCUUGAGGAAGGCGUCCUCAACCCAGAAUCAACUGUUGUUGCGAUCUUUCCCUCUCCAAUGCAUUAUGCUGGGCCAACUGAGGUGCAGUGGCAUGCUAAGGCUCGUAUUAAUGUUGGUGCAAAUUUCUAUAUUGUUGGAAGGGAUCCUGCUGGUAUGAGCCAUCCCACGGAGAAAAUGGACCUCUAUGAUGCUGACCACGGGAAGAAGGUUUUGAGCAUGGCUCCUGGCCUCGAGAGGCUCAACAUCCUUCCUUUCAAGGUGGCUGCAUAUGACACAAAGCAAAAGAAAAUGGAUUUCUUCGAUCCAUCAAGGAAAGAUGAUUUCCUCUUCAUCUCUGGCACAAAGAUGCGCACUCUUGCCAAGAACCGCGAGAGUCCCCCGGAUGGUUUUAUGUGCCCGGGUGGCUGGAAAGUGCUCGUUGAAUACUAUGACAGCUUGGUGCCAUCCGAGGGCAGCAGCAAGAUGCGCGAGCCAGUUGCAGCCUGAAAUAUGGGAAGCGCAAGCGGUUCUUUGCGACAUAGAACCCUACUAUAUCAGCACAAGCGGUUCUUUGCGACAUAGAACCGUUGUUGUAUGAUUGUAUACUGGUUUGUAAGACUUAAAAACACUGGGCUUGAUUUGGACGUUAAUGUGUGCUUUGUAAGUGGUGUGCCCUAUCCGCUGGCAGCGUUGCACAUCAAAUGUUUGGUGUUAAUAAGGACAGGCUAUGUAUCCUCUGCCAGAUUGUUGUACAUAUACAUUCUGGUGAUAUAAACAUGAAGCUGUCUUCUGCU